CCUGUUAUUGGAUGUAAAGUCGCAAGAACAUGGCAUGCCGAGUCUGAACACUCUGACCGCAGCAAUAAAAGAUGAAGCAACCAACCACAAUUGGAAUUUGAAAGAUUUUUUUUGAAUUGAAUCGACGGUGGAUACAGCCCGGGCUUUCUCAAAUGUCCAUUUUUCUAAAAAAUGGAGGGUCACCGGUUUCGCUGGCUCUCGUUCAUUCGUGGGUCAGCACUGGCACAGAUUGAGUUUUUCUUUUCUUAUCUUCUCCUGGGGAAUAGAAAGAGGGGCUAAUCAUAUUUAUAGCUGGCAGUAACUUACAUAGAGGAGGAGGAGGAGGAGGAGGAGGGCGGAGGGUAAUUGGCAAGAGAAGUAGUAGAAGAAAAGAGUACCUGCGGGAGUCAACAAUGGAGGAAUCCCGUUCUGAUUCUUCUGGCACUCGCAAGGUCCAUGACGAAGAACGUCCGCCCGUUGAGAUUCCCGAAACUGCCCAUCAGAUCAGCAAUGAUUCAUGGUUUCAAGUGGGUUUUGUCCUCACAACUGGUAUCAACAGUGCUUAUGUGCUGGGAUACUCCGGGACAGUCAUGGUUCCACUCGGUUGGGUAGCUGGCGUAAUCGGUUUACUUGUAGCCACAGCAAUAUCCCUUUACGCAAAUUGUCUUGUUGCCAAGCUGCAUGAACUUGGGGGAAAGAGGCAUAUCAGAUACAGAGAUCUUGCAGGACAUAUAUAUGGUAAGAAAGCCUAUGCUGCUACUUGGGCAUUACAAUAUAUUAAUCUUUUCAUGAUUAACACUGGAUAUAUCAUUCUGGCUGGUUCAGCUCUAAAGGCUGUCUUUUUUCUUUAUAGCGACAACCAUGCCAUGAAACUUCCAUACUUCAUAACAAUCUCCGGAUUUGUUUGUGGCUUGUUUGCCAUCUGUAUACCCCAUUUGUCAGCUCUUAGAAUUUGGCUGGGAUUUUCAACAUUCUUCAGCCUGGUGUACAUCAUCAUAGCAUUUGUUCUUUCAACAAGAGAUGGAAUCAAAGCUCCAGCGAGUGAUUACAGUAUCCCAGGAUCAAGCGUAGACAAAAUCUUUAAAACUAUUGGAGCAGCUGCCAAUCUGGUUUUUGCGUUCAAUACAGGAAUGCUUCCUGAGAUACAGGCAACAGUAAAACCGCCCGUAGUGAAGAACAUGCUGAAAGCUCUUUACUUUCAGUUCUCAGCUGGAGUCGUACCUUUAUAUGCCGUUACUUUUGUGGGGUAUUGGGCUUAUGGGUCCUCAACAUCAACCUAUUUGCUCAACAAUGUUUCUGGUCCUGUUUGGGUGAAGGCAGUAGCCAAUAUUACAGCAUUCCUGCAAACAGUCAUAGCUUUACAUAUAUUUGCAAGUCCAAUGUAUGAGUACCUGGACACCAAGUAUGGGAUUAAGGGGAGUGCACUGUCAUUGAAAAAUUUGUCAUUCAGAAUUACAGUAAGGGGAGGAUACCUAGUUGUGAACACACUUGUGGCCGCUCUUUUACCAUUCCUGGGAGACUUCAUGAGCCUCACUGGAGCCAUUAGCACGUUCCCUCUCACGUUCAUCCUUGCAAACCACAUGUACCUACUCGCAAAGAAGAAAAAUCUGACUUCUCUGCAGAAGCUCUGGCACUGGCUCAAUGUGGGUUUCUUCAGUUUCAUGUCAGUUGCAGCUGCAGUUUCAGCCCUCCGGCUUAUUGCAGUCGAUUCCCGAACUUAUCAUCUCUUCGCCGAUUUAUGAUGAAACUUCAACCUCUGUAUUCUUUAUAUUGCUCGUUGGCGUCCAUGUUUCACAUUUCAAGGUUUGGUUUUACUUGAGCUUUAUAUUACAGAAACUUGUAUUGUUCAUUGUAACAGUAGCAUUACUAUAGAGCCAUCACCGAUAUAAUGAUUCCUAAUAAACAUCUUGUUACCUUUGUU